UUUUCCUCGCACCUGUAGCCUGUUGACGCCGCCGACGGAGUGUAGCAGUUGGUGUGGGCGGUACCUCUAAACUACUCGCACGAGACAACAGCGGCAGUACGUAGAUUUCGUUUCCACUCUAACGAUAGGGUCGGUUUCUGCGCUCGGCGGUGUGGUUUCUCCGUGCACCCGAUGCACUUGCCGUAUCCGGCGGGAAAAGAGCGUUACGGCUGCAGUAGUUUAGCGUAGGGAGCAGCGUCUACCGACUGAGUGAGUGCCCGCGAAAGAAGCCCACAAUCAGAAUGUCUACGACACCGGACGCGUUGCCGGCUGAAGCGCCGGCACCCAGGCUCUGCCACCUGAUCAAGAUCUCCACGUUCGACGGAUAUGGGUUCAACCUGCACGCCGAGAAGUCGAGGCCGGGCCAGUUCAUCGGCAAAGUGGACAGCGGCAGUCCAGCCGAGCUGGCCGGUAUGUUGGAAGGUGACCGCAUUGUCGAGGUUAACGGCGUCAACAUCGCCAGCGAGAGCCACAAGCAAGUCGUAGAAAGGAUCCGGGCUGUGCCGAACGAGACGCGCCUGCUCGUGGUGGAUAGCGCGACGGACGCAUGGUACACCGAGCACAAGCUGGUGCCCCGCUCUACGCAGGAUAACGUGCGCUACAUUCGGACUCCCACCACCGGUGACGACAGCGACGAUGUCGUCGACGGUGGCGUGCAGCCGCAGGCCAACGGACACCACGCUGCUUCAGAGACGGCGACCGAGGAGCAGCAGCCGAGUGCAUCGCUUCCGUCUGCCAAGGACGAACCAGAGGAGCCCGAGAAGACGUUGACCGCCGACGGUGAAGCGGCGGCUGAUCUGCCCGACGACGCGCCGCAGCCGCGGCUCUGUCACAUGACCAAGUGGCGCGACUUCGAGGGCUACGGCUUCAACCUGCACGCCGAGAAGGACCGGCGCGGCCAGUACGUGGGCAAGAUCGACGAAGGCAGCCCCGCCGAGUACGCGGGCCUCCGCGAGGGUGACCGCAUCGUCGAGGUGAACGGCGUCAACGUCCAGCAGGAGGCGCACCGCGACAUCGUGGAACGCAUCCGCGCCGUGCCCGACGAGACGCGGCUGCUCGUGCUCACGGCCGACGGCGAGCAGUGGUACCGCGAUCGGGACAUCCAGGUACAUGGAAACCAAGCCAACGUGUUGCGGCUUCGCAACCCUGAGCUCAACCCUGCUACCAAUGGAGAAAGCAGAGGUGAUGGAGCCAUGGCUGCUGCAGCUGAUGGUAGCGAGUGUUCCCAGGAGGACGAGGCAGCACAGUCGGCUCCCACGCCUGUCCUGAGGCGGCAGAGUGACUUGGACGGAAAAGAGGACACGGAAGAGGAGGAGAGCCGCUCCUCGGAGUCCGAACCUGUGCCAGCGAAAACAGAGGUUUCCGCAAGAGAGGAACCAAAUGGCACUGGGGACAAGGCAGCAGAAGGCCCGGUCACCGGGUUGACUCAAGUGGACUCGGGUUCGGAAUCUAAGCCUGCACCAGGGACAGAGCCAGCACCCGCCGAGCCGGCCAAUGCAAUGAGCAACGGCUCUCUCAACAUGCUCAACAUGAGCGCCUCCGAGAUGCGGCAGCUUCUAGCACAGCGCAAGAAGCACGAUCCCAAAAAGAUCCAGAUGGACCUGAAGAAAAAAUACGAGCUCAUUGAGCAAAUGUGAGCCGCCUGUGCCUUUUGUCGAAUGGCGCCAAGAGUUGGGUGUGGCUGGUUUCAGCACACGUCUUGUGUGCGGGUGUAUUAGAUUUUUGUUUUCUGUUCUUUAUCCGGGGGCUGGGAAGGCUAUGUGCCUGGUCGAAUGUGCAACACAAAUCACGCAAAUCUGGAUUCGCUGCCUUAGUUGUGCAAGGCGUUGAUGGCAUUUUUCUUUGAUAAUGCCAAUUUCAGUCUCAUCUAGAAAGUAACACAUUGACUGAACAGCAAGUGGUUUUGUGGAGUUUGGGAAUUCGGCAGCAUUGCUCUGCCAAAUUUGCGAUUUCAAUAAAAAGUUAUUGACAAGAGAACCGCUUGUGUCAGUAGCGGGCUUCACUUGUUUACAUUGUUAAGCUAUUGAGGAACUUGACAAGAAUUGCUGAUGUUAACUGUGUUGUUAAGAUAUUAGUUCAGGUUCAACAUCAGUUGUCUGAAUGUCUAAAUGACUAUUUUGACAGUGGUGUGUUUAACUCAUUAACCAUACUUUAAUUGGUUGCAAGGACUGAUCGCUAAUGUGUCGCUGGUAAAGAAUCGUUGGUGAAUGCCUCGAAUUAUGUGUCCGAUUUCACCGUUUGUGGUGUAAAACAGCUUUGGCCACAAAAUUUUUGUGCAAUAUCUUUACCACAAACAUCAUUUGUAAACUGCGGUCUGUUGACUUGUGUAUGGUUGCUGAAAGGAUGCAGUGAGAAGCGCUUUCCAUAUUUUCUCUUUAAUGUCGUUGCUUGCAGGUUGAUGUAAUGUGUGCGCAUGAUCAAUUGCAUCAAUCAAACAUGGCUUCUUUAAUUAAAGCUCUCAAGAGAGGCAGGGUACUUCCAACGAUGAUCUAUAAUUCUUGCUUUUUGAAAUAAGAGCCUUACUCUGUAUGCGUUAUUUUGGCAUUCAUUCUGUAACACUGCGGACCUUUUUGAAAAGGAUGUAGGAAGGUGUUUGAGAGCGUUCACUGAAACAGCACUUUAAUAGCAGUCUUGCAGCAUUUCUUGGCUCCAGAUAGUUCGGCUAGCAACAUGGGGUAGAUCGAGUGGGGUGCGUGUGGUAACUAUGGCUGAAAAAAAUGCUGAAUGCACAAUUAAAAAUAAACGUAAGAGGCACAGGUAGUGAAACUUCGUUUCUGUCCUCUACAUGAAAUGUGAUGCACUCCCUUAUAGGGCAGUUCAUUUUGUACGUCUGCUGGAUCUGUUGUAUUAAAUCACACGGCACCCAAUUUCAUGUGCAUCUCCUUUUUGAUGCUGGCUUUGGCUGGAGGCCGAAAGGCUUUUUAUUGUAGUCCCUUAAGAUGCCUGCCACUCGAACCUCUUCUUUUUUUUUUGCAAAUGUCCUUAGGUAUAAUGUAAUCUUCAUUUUCAGUAGGUAUCUCUUAUAAUGCGUGGCUUUUACUGUGUAUUGUGUAGGUUUUCACAUUCCAUAUGUGUUAUACUCUUUACACAGAUGGGCUGUGAAAAUAAAUUUUGUUGCUAAAUUGUAUGUACACCAUAAAUGCCUUUUUAAAGUUUUCUUACAUUAGUUUUUUAAUGUGGUUGUGUGUAAGUUUGAAGAUUAUUUCAAUCCAACUUUAACUCACGCAGAGGCAAUUUUAUGCCACAUGCAGAUUAGCUUUGUACUUAUAACGCUUUGGUCGUACGUGGUCUUCAUGCACCCCAAUUUUCUUGAACAUUCCAGGUCUAGUUGAUGUACUGUUGGUGUCAUAAGACCGUGGCAUGCAAGAUGACUAAAAACUUGAAAUUUAAGCCCAAUUUUUGGUUGUGGCAAGCAUAAUUAUGCAAGACCAUGUCGUUACUGCCCAGCUAGAUUGAGAUCACGACUGCACACCUUGGGUUCCGAAACAUUUUGCACUGUUGUAGUCGGUAUGGCCUACGGAACCUUUGAUGAACGUGCCUCCUUGGUGACUUUCUGUGCACCCCAUGUUUGACCCAUUGUUUCUGUGAUGGAUGGCUGAAACAUCAUGACAUGACCUUAAAAUGCUUUAACUAGUUUGGAAUGUAAAGGGGUUUUACGGUUUUGAUUGCAAGGGGUUGGCAGACGAUAGUGGUGGUUGAAAUAUAAAGAUCUUGUUGUGCCUUAAUGCAUAUUUUGUAGCAUUUUGAUGCCGAUGCAUUUACCUGUGAACAUGUGCUUUCGUGUAAUGCCAGCUGUAGCUCCACCACAGGUUCUAAUAACCAACACAGAAUUCAGAAAACUGUAUGAUCAGGUAUAAAAGUGGGUGGGAGGGAAUUGACACUUGGGCAAGGUAAUGUCAAGGGAAAUACCCUAUUAAGAUUCAAGGCUGUCUAUUGUAGUUCUCUUGAAUCUGCAGUGAAAAUGUUAUCACGAUUUAUGUUCCUUGACAAUAGACUUGCGUGGCAAAUGUGGGUUCGCAAUGUUGAAUAUUGUGUGUAUAAUGCUGUCUAUGCUGGAAUACUGUGCUGGAUGUUAUUCUUUAUUUUUGUAAUUUAUGCACUUUGCAAUUGCAUAAAGUUAUGCAAGGUGUAUUGCAUCGCAAUUAACGGCAGUAGUAAUGUAUUAAACUGCUUCAAUAAAGCAGUAUGAUGGCCAUUUUCAUUGGGAGCUCUUCUGCGAGAGCUAUUCUUAAUGUGUGAAUGUCGCGUGGAUGCAUGUUUGUUGCACACUUUGAGUGUUGCGUGUGCUCGAGAAUAUGAUCAAAGCUGAACAAUAUUUACAGAUUACCUUUGUUUCUACUUGCGAUGUGUAAUUGGACAAAGUACCUUGCACAUGUUUGCGUCAUCACAACAGCACGAAAGCUGUGGACCUAGUUUUCAUAAUAUUUUUCUAAUUCUAUGCCCCAUUCCUCUGUAGCAUUUUUUAUUCCUGAUGCCGGAUUUUGGGACGAUUCAAUAGUUUUCUUUUACGGAGGUCUCUUUUGGACGUUAUUUUUCUACUGACACUUUUUAUGCUAUGGCCGCUUCUGCAAGUGCUUUAUCUAGCUGCUCGCCAACAUUCCAUUUGAUCACUCUGACAAAAGGGUUUUUGUUGUAUUUUUACAUUUGUGCACGUGUUUGAGUGUACUGAAACUGCGUGUCGCACGCACCACUUCAUUGUGAUGCGCGAGAUGUAUGUUGUGUGAAGUUUGAUUUAGCUUUGCUUAAUAGGUGUUUACACUAUAAAAGCUUCGUGCAAGCUGUUGAUUAGAAUGUCUUAUUCCAGCUGCAACAUUCCGAUAGUUCUGUCGGCUCAACGACAUUCAAACGCAUCCUAUAUUCUCUUCAAGGUUGCAUCUUUUCUUUCCUACUACGAGGUGUCCGGAGUACUGUUGUGGCACAAUUAUGCACCGUUUUUAAGCACUGUUCUUUCCAUAAGUGCCUGAACAAAGUUUGUGGCAUCUCGACAAAAAAGUAUAUCCCUCCUUGUGGGUCUUUUUACCCUAGUGCCUUGAGCUAAUCCUGAAUCCCAUUGACGUCUUGUCGCUGACAGUGAAAUGGAAGACUUAAUUUUGCUGGCGGUGUCUUCUCAAGUACCAGCAAUAAAAGUUUUGUCGAAUGA